UUUAGUUUCUUACCUUAUAGCACCCAAAGGAGGCUGCUAACAUUUUUUUACUUUAUAUUUUAAUGUGAGGUUAGGUUACUUGUUUAGUAAUAAAGGGAUGCCAACAAAACUGUCAUUUCAACAAAGAAUGUUUUUGGAUAAAUUAUCACAAUAAUAAUACUUGUUAUACCAAUAUGUAGUUUAACAAAAAAUGCUUCUGACCUGACACUGGGUAGUUUUUGGUGUUGGGCCCAGAAUAAGGGGGUUGCACGUCCAAGACAGUGGGUCUGUGCUUAUUUUAUUCCAUAAAUUUUGUAUUGGAACGGAAGUGAGGUUAUGAAACUUUGUUCGGAAAUAAAAACAUGACAACAAAAUUGUAGUACGUUUUUUAAUAAAAUCACAAUAAAAUGCGCUUAGUUAAUACGAUAUGUUGACUAUUGACCGAAAAUUUACAACUUUUUAGAUGGUAUGGAAGUGACCCAGGAGGCACCUUUAACAGCCCAGAAUCGCGUUGAAGUGGCUUGGGAGGAGAUCGAGGCUGGGUUGGACGCUGUGGGGCCCCGAACAUUAGGCAAAAUCGGUGUUGCUCGCUUCAAAGCCGAGAAAACCAUGGCACUGGAGACUCUUGAAUCCCUUCACAUGUCACUCGAGACAUGCCCCGGUGAGAAAGACACCGUGGCGGAGCCCCAAGGUCUCAAAAUCCCUCUAAUGCCCCAUCAGAAACAAGCCCUGGCUUGGCUUCUAUGUGGCGCGAGACACAGAAGCCAUCAGGGGGGCUCCUAGCCGACGACAUGGGACUUGGUAAAACUCUCACGAUGAUUUCCCUAGUGUUAAAAUCAAAAGAACUAAAUCUUGAUACUAAAGACAAGGAAAAUCAUGGUGAGAAGGAACCAGGGGGCACUUUGGUGGUAUGCCCCGCCAGUCUUAUAUACCAAUGGUCGGAGGCGAUUAAGAGGAGGACAAAAAGGGGGCUAUUAUCGGUGAAAGUUCAUCAUGGGACUAAACACGAAACUAAACCAAAAGGACUCGCUGAACAUGAUAUUGUCAUCACGAGUUACACCAUAAUUAUGAAUGAGAAUAGCCGAGAUGGGGCAGCUUUUGGGGUACACUGGCGUAGGAUUAUCCUCGACGAGGCCCAUCAGAUUCGUAAUCACACAUCGAAGACUUCCGAGGCGAUUUGUCGGUUAUCGGGGAAGUCCCGGUGGGCCUUAACUGGCACUCCUGUUGACAAUAAAGAACUGGACAUGUAUGCAAUUUUCAAGUUUUUGCGAUGUUCCCCCUUUGAUGAUCUCCAUGUUAGUUUUUUUUUUUGUUUUUGAUUGUGGUAAUAAUUGGGGGUUUUAUUGAAGAUUAACGCGGUUAAAUAGCAAAUCUUGGUUUUGUAAUAAUAAAAUGAUUUCUUUAUCAAAACCAAUGUUUUAGUUUCUUACCUUAUAGCACCCAAAAGAGGCUCAACAUUUUUUUACUUUACAU